GUGAGAUGGAGUUCCUGAAUUAUCAUAGGAGCACAGUCAUUAUUCGGAAACCAUAACCUCCUUUUGGUGACCAAAAAUUAUAAAAAUAAGGAAUAUUUCUAAUUUAUUUAAUUACUCAUUAUGUCUGAAACACAAUAUAAAUUAAGCUGUACGCUUGUUGGACAUAAAUUGGAUGUUCGAUCUUUGACAGUUACUAAAGAUGGAAAUAUUCUAUCAGCCUCCAGGGACAAAACUGCACGUAUUUGGAAACCAAGCGGAGAUGGAAAAACCUAUGUCGAGGCCGCUGUUUUAAAAGGACACAACAAUUUUGUAAGUUCUGUCUGCAUUUUAGAAUCAACGGAAAAAUAUACCUCGGGCGUGAUAAUAACGGGAAGUAAUGAUUCGAAUAUUUGUUUAUACACACCGGGUGAAAAUGAGCCAUUUUUUACAUUUAAAGCUCAUCAAAAUACGGUAUGUAAUUUACGAGCAAGCGAAGAAAAGGGACAUUUUCUCUCUAGUUCAUGGGAUAUGACAGCAAAAUUAUGGAAUAUAAAUGACGUUAGUAAUCCAAAGGUGACAUUUAUUGGUCAUACAGCGGCAGUAUGGUGUGUAUUAGAUAUAAAAAAUGCCCUAAUGAUAAUAACAGGAUCGGCCGACAAAUUAGUCAUUGUUUGGUCGAGAAAUGGAAUUAUAAAACAUAAAUUAACAGGUCACACUGAUUGUGUUCGUGAUAUUGUUGGCAUAAGUGACGAUGAAUUUUUAACAUGUGCCAAUGAUGCAACUGUACGUCAUUGGAAUGCAUCGCAAGGUAUAUGCCUUGGUACCUAUGAUGGUCAUACAAAUUAUAUUUACAGUAUUUCCGCAACUCCAGGCGGUGAAAUAAUUGCAACCUCUGGCGAGGAUCGUAGUUUACGAAUUUGGCAAAAGGCAAAUAUUAAACAAACUAUUUAUCUUCCACCGCAAUCAAUUUGGAGUUCAAAAAUAUUGCCAAACGGCGAUAUUGUCACUGGUGCUUCGGAUGGUGUACUGAGAAUAUUUUCCACUAAUUUAGAACGUCAGGCUGAUGCUCAAGUUUUACAGACAUUCGAAGAGGAAGUUGCGAGUGUUCAAUUGAACGCUCAACAAGAACUCGGUGGUCUUAAGAUCAGUGAAUUACCAGAUUCAACUGCUUUAUUUACACCGGGGAGAAAAGAUGGUCAGACAAAAAUGGUGAGAGAGGGGAGCAAUGUGGUUGUUUAUAGUUGGUCAGCGGGUCAGCAGCAGUGGAAAAAAAUUGGCGAUGUCAUGGGUGCAACGGGAGGAAGUGCUGCAACUUCUGGAAAACAACUUUACAAUGGAAUCGAGUACGAUUAUGUAUUUUCAGUUGAUAUUGAAGAAGGUUCGCCACCAUUAAAAUUGCCCUAUAAUAUUGGACAGGAUCCUUGGCAUGUUGCACAAAAAUUCAUUCACGAUAAUGAAUUGAGUCAAUUAUUUUUAGAUCAGGUGGCUAAUUUUAUAGUAAAAAAUUCACAAGCUGCGCCUGUAUUGAAUACAACUGCUCAAUAUACAGAUCCAUUUACCGGGGGAAGUAGAUACAUUCCUACGUCAAAUGCACCGAGUACUGAACAAAAAAUUCCCAUUGCCAGUUCCUCUAAUUCGUCAGUUGGUACUAUCUACAUACCUAGAGAUAGUUAUUUAAAAUUGGAGCAAGCGAAUCUCACAGUGAUUUUUGACAAAUUGCGUGAAUUUAAUGCAAAACGUGACAGUAUGCAUCAAGCAUUGGAUGAUAAAUUGGAAUCAGUGGUAAAACUCGCGGGUAAUGAUUCUAUAAUUCCUGGAUCAAUAGAUAUUUUAAAAGGGCUUUUAGAUUGGACAAACGAUAUAGUGUUUCCUGCUCUUGAUAUUGCACGAUUGGCCGUUUUACGAAAAGAAGUUAACGAUGAAUUAUGUAAUGAGGAUUUAAUGGAAGUUGUAAGACGACACAUUAAUGCCAAUUCAUUACAAUCGAAUCAAAUGCUCAGCUUUCGAUUGUUGGCGAAUAUGUUCUCACAUAAAAAAGGAGAGAAACUCGGUCUUGAAUAUCGAGAUGAAAUUCUCAAGUGUUUGUUAAAUCUACCCUCACUAGGCAACAAAAAUAAUCAAGUUUCAAUAGCCACUUACGUAUUAAAUUUAACUGUUGCAUUAAAUAAACAUAACGAUACAUCGGGCAAAACGAGAGCAAUGAACGUGAUAUUGUCAAUGAUUCCACGAUUACAAGAGCCGGAGGCAAUAUUUAGGAUUUUAGUUGGACUGGGAACACUUCUCGAUGGCACUAAUGAUGUAAACAAUCGAAAUGAAUUAAUUGAAGCAGUGCGUCAAUCUGAAGUUGCCUUAACAAUGCUUAGAACAUUAUCGGAAGACAAUGGCGAUGUUAAUUCACAAAAUAAGCUUGCCAGUUGUUCGAAACAAAUUAUCAAUUUACUUUUUUAAAAAAAAUUGGAAAUUUUCUUUUUAAAACAUGUAAAUUUGCAAUGCUUUUAUAUAUUUUUAUCAUAUGUACAGUUUUUUGAUGCUGUAAACGAGACUGGAAAAUACCUUUUUUGUCACUAUUAUUUAUAAUACAAGUUUAUUAACUAUAAAAAUCUUUUUUUAACUUCUUUCAUUAUAAUUUCAAAAAUAAAUUAAAAAUAUAUAAUCGAAUAUAUUUGCAAAAAAAAAAUUUAAUCAGCUAAAAAUAAAUUCCAAUAUUUUACAAUAAAAAAUAAUACUACAGUCAAA